UUCUCGCGCACAAAAUGACAAAAACAGAUAGAUAAGAAUUUUUCUUUACACGUACAGAUGUGCGAAUAAUUCUGGACGAGUGUUUACAAUUUUGUAUCAACUUUCGAUCGCGAAGUGCAAUAUAGCGAUAUAUAAAAUAGUAUUUUCCGUAAGAAACAGCAGACGAUCACAUCGUCAACCUAACCGAUUAAACUUAAAAGCGAAAUAUUAAAUUGCACUUUGAGUGCCCAACGUACGAUAUGGUUGACACAGAAAAAGACCGGAUCAAGGAGUACGACGAGAUCCUCGACGACCUGAAGACGACUUUUAUGGAGAAGUGGAAAAUGAAGAGGAUCGACGACGUGACGCUGGAGAGCUUCGAACGUUUCAGAACCCUCGGCACCGGUGCCUUCGGCCGCGUCAUCCUCGUCAAAUACAAACCAACGUCCACGUAUUAUGCCAUGAAAAUCCUCGACAAGGCGAAACUCGUCAAGUCGAAGCAAAUAGAUCACACGCGUAACGAAAAGCGAAUUCUGCAAAGCAUCAGCUUCCCCUUCACGGUCUUCAUGGAGUUCUGCUUCAAGGACAAUUCCUACGUGUACAUGGUGCUACCGUUCAUACACGGCGGCGAGAUGUUUACCCAUCUGAGACGCAUGGGAAAGUUCGACGAAUCGCUGGCAAAAUUCUACGCCGCCCAGGUGGCUUUAGCCUUGGAAUAUCUGCACCACUGCAGUUUGAUCUAUCGCGAUCUGAAGCCGGAGAACAUUCUGAUUCAAGACUCUGGCUACAUCAGGGUGACCGAUUUUGGCUUCUGUAAGAUGAUAGACAACCGCACGUGGACGUUGUGCGGCACACCGGAAUACCUGGCGCCGGAGGUGAUUUUAUCGAAAGGCUACGGUAAGGCGGUCGAUUGGUGGAGCUUCGGCGUACUGAUUUACGAGAUGAACGCGGGCUACCCACCGUUCUUCGCGCACGAUCCCAUGAAGAUCUACGAAAAGAUCGUGUCGGGCAAGUACAAGUUCGCACAUCACUUCGGCGAGGAACUGAGAGACAUUCUGAAGAAUGUUCUGCAGGUAGAUCUGACGAGGAGAUACGGCAAUUUGAAGGACGGCAGUCUGGACAUCAAGAGGCACCGCUGGUUCAAGUCUAUCGAUUGGAUCGAGAUCUAUCAUCAGAAAGUGCAACCAAGCUUCAUUCCUCACGUCACCAGCCACAGUGACACGACCAACUUCGACCACUACGAAGAAGUGCCGCUCGACAUUGCCUCCGUCGACUAUUAUGGCAAGGAGUUUGCGCAUUUUUAGAGAGUUUGCAAACUUUUUACGAUAACAAUAACACAACGUGAUUUGUGUGACUCCGUCAUAAAACGGCGAAUAUGUGUAGAUUUUUGUAAAGCGCUGUGUGCAAGAAUAUCUUUAAGU